AUGCUCAAGCUCGUCACCAAGUUGCGGAACAUCAACGUGAAGAACCAGGAUGACGAACAGCCGCCCGCCGACCCAACCACCGACAGCAGCGGCCACGAGACGGCCAAGCAGCCGCUCCGCAAGAGCGCCCGCCUCUCGGCAAAGUCGAUGCUCCACGACUCGGGCACCGAAUCCGACGACGAGGAGCUGGAGCGUCUCGAGAAGGAGAAGGUCUGCGACGAGUCCUCGAAGAACUACGGUGAUUUUCUGAACAGCCGCUCGCCGCCGACGUCGGCCUUCCUGAACUCGAUGUACGACCACGACUCGGAGAGCUGGGACAGCACGGGCGGCGAGUCGGGGAUCACCACCGGGUUCGAGUCGGCCGACUGCUCCCGCGAGUCCACCGACAUCCCGACACCGCCGCUCUGCGCGUCGGACGCGCGUCGCGGCGCCUUUCAGCGGACUACCUAUGCUAAAGGCGCCUUCGAAUUCCCGCCAAUGUCGAUGCACAACGCGGGCGAGAAGCGACGCCACUCCACCACGCAGACGUCCCCCCGUCAACAACGAGCAGCUGACCUCGGCCGCAAAGCUACGCGGAACCGCGCUGGGGGUCCGGCGGCGAAGUCGUCUCCGCCAAACGGCCCACGCGACAUCAUCGUGGCCGCCCGGCGUACCCCGAUUCGUGUGCUCGUCAACCGACAACUUGAGGAGAACACCACCCCGCCCCUGCGCAGCACAAGCCCGAUGCCGAUUGAGGGCAAGAAAUUGCUCGUCGACGACCUGGACAUUGGCUCGCCGCCAAGCCACUCCCUGGCCAAGCGCGGGCGCACGAAUGGCUACGGCCGCCCGACGCUCGACCUCGACAAAAUGCUGGAGCACCGGCUGCAGACGGACCCGUUCUCGCUGCGCGAGCACGACGACGUCGCCCUGGACGGCGUCUUCUACACGCGAAAAGGGCAGGGGCAGGGCCCGCAGAAUGACUGCACGUUUCGCCCGGUCGAGAUGAACAUC